GCGUCACAUUUCCCGGACGCAGAGCAGGAAGGGAAGCAGGAACUGACUGGAUGUGGGGAAGUGUGUAGAUUAUAAUGCGACCGCAGCUGCCCCGCUCCACGCUCGGCCGCUUGGCGAGAUUUUUCGGCCCGUUUCCCGCUUCCUGUAUCGAAAGAGGGGUCACAGUCACACACACAGCAGCAGCUGUGCCACACUUGUAUCUUUCCAUGAAAACGAUGCACUAUCAAACGGAGCAGAGAGGACGCCCGAAUACUCCAGACUACCGCAUUUAUUUUAAAACCUCUGAUGGGAAAUACAUUUCACCAUUCCACGAUAUUCCACUCAUAGCUGAGUCGGAGCAGGAUGAUGAUGUGCCAGCUAAAAAACCUAAGAGUGAGAAUAAGGUGCUGUACAACAUGGUGGUUGAGGUGCCUCGUUGGACUAAUGCUAAAAUGGAAAUUGCAACAAAGGAGCUGCUGAAUCCUAUCAAACAAGAUGUGAAGAAGGGAAAGCUCAGAUAUGUUGCUAACAUAUUUCCUCAUAAAGGAUACAUUUGGAACUAUGGGGCACUCCCACAGACCUGGGAGGAUCCCAAUCACAAAGACGAAGAAACAAAGUGCUGCGGUGACAAUGAUCCCAUCGAUGUUUGUGACAUCAGCGCCCAGGUUUGCUCUCCAGGUCAGGUGAUCCAAGUAAAAGUCCUGGGUAUCCUGGCAAUGAUCGAUGAGGGAGAGAUGGACUGGAAGGUCAUCGCCAUCAACGUAAACGAUCCAGAUGCUGAAAAGCUGAACUGUAUAGAAGAUGUCCGCAGGAGCCGACCGGGUCAUUUGGAGGCGACUGUUGAGUGGUUUAGGAAAUACAAGGUGCCCGAUGGAAAGCCUGAAAACCAGUUUGGAUUCAAUGGGGAAUUCAAAGACAAGGAUUUUGCAGUUGAGAUCAUUAAGUCUACCCAUGAACACUGGAGGGCUCUUGUGCACAAGCAAACAAAUGCUGGAGGGAUUGAAUGCAGAAAUAUGUCCUGCUGUAACAGCCCUUUCCAGCUGAGCGCUGAUGAGGCCAGGGCCGUCGUUCAAUCGGCUCCUGUUUUUGGUACUGCACAUCAAGUGUGUUCAGAAGUGGACAAGUGGCAUUUCAUAUGAAGCCCUAAAAGCUCCUGGGAAACAUCAACAUGUCUUAACAUAAUAUGGAGUAUCGCUGAUCCCGCUGCUUAUGUUUGUACGCUGAUGGAUUUAUUUUGGAUACAUGCAGUGGCGUAACGUGCCAAAUACAUUUAUGAUGUCAUUAAGAAGGAUCAAAUACCAGGAGUAUGGAAUAUAUGGCCCAGAGCACACAUGCAAACACUGCUUUUGGGUGACGUUAUUUUCCCUUUAAGUUAUACACUACUUUGGUUGUGCGCCGGGGUAUUUGUUACUUGGAGAAAAAUACGCUCUAAUCUGACAAGAAUCACCAGAAACCAGAUUGCUUUCUCAGCGACAGACAUUUUGUGUACCGUAAAAACAUGUUUCUAAUGUUGAAUAAAGAAUAAAGUACGCUAAACUUGU